UAUAACAGAUGUAAACAACAAUAACAACAAUAAUAUUAUAACAGAGGUAAACAACAAUAACAAUAAUAGUAUAACAGAUGUAAACAACAAUAACAACAAUAAUAGUAUAACAGAUGUAAACAACAAUAAUAACAAUAACAGUAUAGCAGAUGUAAACAACAAUAAGAACAAUAAUAGUAUAACAGAGGUAAACAACAAUAAUAACAAUAACAGACUUUACAAACCAGACUGAUCUGGUUGAGCACGACAUAGUAUAACAGAUGUAAACAACAGUACCAACAAUAAUAGUAUAGCAGAUGUAAACAAUAAUAGUAUAACAGAUGUAAACAACAAUAACAACAAUAAUAGUGUAACAGAUGUAAACAACAACAAUAACGAUAAUAGCAAUAAUAGCAAGUUCUCUGCUUUCUGAAAACCCUCGCAUCGGCUGUGGUGUGAGCAAAAUCCUCCUCUGGCUGACGUCUCUGAGCAGCGUUUGGCAGACCAGAAACGAUAUCUCCUAACUUCUGGAAGUCUGACUGAAUCAGAAUUGGAGGAGAUUAAACGCGAGUCCGCACAGGAUGGAAAGCCCGUCUCAGGUUGGUUAUCUGUUACGACUGAUGUUUGUCCUGGUGUGCAGAUGUCGGCGUUGGAUGUGGUUUCUGCUCUAUCAGCUGAUAGUUCAGCUGUCACGCCUUUGCUUGACAAUGUGUCACCUUGCAUGGCUUCAGUCAGGAUGGCGCCUGCUGCACGUGGAGGGAAACCUGUCGUGUCAAUGACGCAAGAAGAUCAUGAGUUUGCUAAUCACUUGGAAGAUGGCUCUCUUGUUCAGUCAGUCACUGUUCUCUCUAAGGACUGCUCAUCUGCAAGAGAUAGUGGUGAUAUCUUAUCCGUAGAUGACACUUUGGAUUCAGCUCAGUGCAGUGCUAUCAGGGAAUCACCAUCCCCUUGUGACUUUGUGAGCUCUGAUCUGAUGACUACACAUCCUAGUAUAGCUUCUCGUCUAGAAAGGAUGGAAACUCCUACAUGUCAACUCAGUCCAGACUGCUGCUAAACGGAGGAUGGUCUUUCGCUUGAUAGUGAUGCUGCUGUGAACCCUGCACUUCGUCGAGAGUUUCUUGAGGAGUUGCAGAAAGUCAGGCAAAUUUCUAUCUGUGAGAGACAACGCCUUCCAAGGAUCUUUGUGAACAGUGGAACCCUGAAACUUAUUGGUGAUCUUAACACGAUCAUCAGUUCGUUGAAGGAUGAACCUGAUAUGAGUGAAAUCAGUUACCUGGUAUACUCUGCUGCUUCGCUAGUGUC